AUUUAAAGCAAAAGCUGAGUAUGAUUUAAGAAGGGCUGCAAUCAAGAGAAAUUAUAAUAGACUAUCUACAAAUCUAAAUCUAGCGUCUUAAUAUAAUAACGUGAAAAUAAAAUACACUAAGAUUCUAGGUCUAGAUCUAGAAGGAAAAAAUGGGCAAAAUCAAAUGAGAAGGUUCAAAAUUCUUUUAUUUCGAAAUCAACCAAACAAUAACUUUUUAAAGUGAACCAAAAUAAGAAUACGACGGAGUAAACAGUAGGCCUACAGUCACUACUACUACAGUGCAAUAGCAGUAAGCCGAGGACACGAUUAUUUUAAUUUUAUCUUUUUUAGUUUACACCUGACAAUAGAUUCCUUUAUAAAGCUGAUUAAGCCAAAAAUUUAAAUGAUAAUUGCAGUAAAAUGGCUGGCCAACAAAUCACUUAUUGGAAGGAGAAUUUAUUUAUGUCAUAAAAAACCAAGUUCUACCUUGAGCAAAUAUCAUUUUUGGAAGCAUGAUUGGAAACUGAGCACGUGUCUGGAAAAAUGUAAUUUUUCUUUGCAUAAAGACAACAGAAGCUUCAACAGAAGACACUUGAGUACUUUACAACUUUUGAAAAGUUUUAAUACAACAUUUGUUAGAUUUCCUAUCAUCUAUCAAGCCAUGUCUACCAUACCACAUGGAGCCAACAGACUUGCACUGGAAAAAUCUCCAUAUUUGUUACAGCAUGCCCACAAUCCAGUUGACUGGUAUCCUUGGGGUGAUGAAGCUUUCAAGAAAGCUAAAGAAGAAAACAAGCCGAUCUUCUUAUCUGUUGGCUACUCAACCUGCCAUUGGUGCCAUGUGAUGGAGAGAGAAUCAUUUGAAAACCCUGAAAUUGGGGCCUUGUUGAAUAAACAUUUUGUUAGCAUCAAGGUUGACAGGGAAGAAAGGCCAGAUGUGGAUAAGGUCUAUAUGACAUUUGUACAGGCAACCACAGGAAGUGGAGGAUGGCCAAUGAGUGUCUGGCUGACCCCUGACCUCAAGCCCAUAGUAGGUGGCACUUACUUUCCUCCGGAGGACAGAUAUUACAACCAGCCUGGGUUCAAAUCUGUUUUAAAUAUCAUAACCCAACAGUGGCAGAAAAACCGUGAAGAAAUAGAAGGUCAGGGAACACAAAUUAUUGAUGUAAUGAUGCAGCAGUUGCAUGUGUCUGAUCAUAACCGUGGAGCGGUGCCAGCCAUUGAUACAGUCUUUAAGUGCUUUGAGCUACUGGACAAACAGUUUGACAAAGAUGAAGGAGGUUUUGGGAAAGCUCCUAAGUUUCCACAGCCAGUCAAUUUCAGCCUGUUGUUCCGUAUAUUCCAUCACGGUCCUAACAGCGAUGAAGGACUACAAGCCUUACACAUGUGUCUGCUGACUUUAAGAAAAAUGGCAGAUGGUGGCAUUCAUGAUCAUAUUUCUCAGGGUUUUCAUCGUUAUUCAACUGACAGGAUUUGGCACGUACCCCACUUUGAAAAAAUGUUGUACGAUCAGGGACAGCUCUCAGUUUCCUACUCAGAUGCUUAUCAGAUUACCAAAGAUGAUUUCUUUGCUGAAAUAGCUCGUGAUAUUUACUCUUAUGUUGAGAAAAAUUUGAGUCACCCUGAUGGUGGAUUUUACAGUGCAGAAGAUGCAGACUCUCUUCCUACCACCACAUCAAGUACAAAGAAAGAAGGUGCCUUUUGUGUUUGGGAGGAGGAAGAGAUACAGCGACACCUGUCUGACACAGUUUCUGAUGUUACAUUAGCUGAUGUUUUCUGUUUUUACUAUGGUAUCAAAGCAAGGGGAAAUGUUGACCCACUUCAAGAUCCACAUGAUGAGCUGAAAGGAAAAAAUGUUUUGAUUGUUUCGUCCUCCCUCGAGGAAGCAGCUUCCAAGUUUAACUUAACAGUGGACACAGUAAAAGAGGCAUUGGCCAAGUGUCAGAAAAUAUUACACUAUGUUAGACAAACCCGACCUAAACCACACCUGGACAAUAAAAUGGUAGCUGCCUGGAAUGGUCUGAUGCUGUCAGGAUUUGCCAGAGGAAGUCAAGCUCUGAAUGACCCAGCUCUUGCUGAGAGGGCAGCUAAAGCUGCACUUUUCUUGAAGAAAUAUUUGUUUGUUGCUGAACGGGGAAAUUUACUAAGGAGUUGUUAUACAUCAGAUAAUAAAGAUGUUGAGCAGAUUGCUGUCCCCAUUGAGGGCUAUGUUGAUGACUAUGCCUAUGUGAUUCGUGGUCUGUUGGACCUGUAUGAAAGCUGUUAUGAUGACCAGUGGCUGGAGUGGGCAGAAGAGCUGCAGACCAAACAAAAUCAGUUGUUCUGGGAUGAAGAAGAUGGCGGGUUUUUUUCUAGUCCACAGGGAGACAGGACAAUAGUCAUGAGGAUGAAAGAAGAUCAGGAUGGGGCUGAACCAAGCCCAAACUCUGUGUCUGCUGGCAAUCUGCUGCGCUUGUCAAUGAUGCUUGACAGAGAUGACUGGUUCAAGAUGGCUGAACGAAUUUUCAAAGUGUUUGCUCAAAGGAUUGAAAAAGUACCAGUUGCUGUCCCUGAACUUGUUUCAGCACUUUUGUUUUAUCACUCUUCCCCCAAACAGAUCAUUAUUGUGGGCAACAAGAAGAAUGAGGACACACAAGCUUUGAUACAGGCAGUCCACAAAUUGUACCUACCACACAAGGUCCUUUUGGUCACAGAUCUGGAUGACACCAGUUUCUUACGCAAGCGAAUUGAGGUCAUCAAAAAUAUGACAAAAACAAAUGAGAAGGCAGCGGCAUACGUCUGUCAGAACUUCACCUGUAAUCUUCCUGUGUAUACGUGUGAAGAUCUGCAAAAACUUUUAGAGAAACCUUGAAUGCUAUAUUGGGCUAAAAAACAAUAAAUGCCUGCUGCAUUUUCAAACAACUGAUGAGGAAAACUGUUUUGCAUAGUAGGAAUCUCAACAUUAGACUGAUAUUACUAUAUAUUUCAUGCAGAGGUGAUAUUAUAUUUUGUUCACAGAUUUGUGGAAAGGUGUUUGUAUACUAUCUGUUUGUAAUGUAUGUAUAUCCAGACUAAAAAAUAUAAUGAUUUGAUGUGUCAGGUAAGGUGUUUGUGUCAGCCUAGAGUACUACAGCACACUUUAUGCUUUGUUUUACAUGUAAUAAAAGAUUUCUUGAGAU